AUGAUGUUCUCGAAAGGCGUUUAUUCCGUGCUAGUUUUAAUGAUUUUCUGGAAAACGGAAGGAAUUUUGUGUAAGGAGAAUGAAAAAAGCGGCAACGACAUAUCCGGCCUCAACCCAUCGUUCUACCUGACAACGGAUUUUAUCCUUCAUCUGAACGAACUCAUCAAACACCUGGCAGUGUACGCGCUGGAUGAUACGGUCGACUCUCGACACGCGCUCGACCAUGCCGGUGCCAUGUGGAACCACACGGAAGUGGUGCUGCAAGAGUUGCUCCAACGAUCCGCAUCGGAUAAUGCAACGCACGUUUCACUACACAAAGCUCUGGAUGUGAUCCGACGGGAAAGGAUUCACUUCAUGAAACGCGUAUCAGACAUUGAUGCAACAGCACUAAUCGAACGCUCGGGAAAGUAUCCCGCCGCUAUCACAUACACCAUGCAGUCCAGCGUACACGGACUUACCCACGUGUCGGCCAAACUGUUGCGCGUGCUGGCCGGCACGAGCGAAAGGACGGGACGGGCCAACCCGACCAACGCAACCAUCGACCUGUUCCUGGACGUGUUCAACCGUGCGAUAGUGGACACGCAGGAAAACUUUCAAACCCAAAUCAAUCGUGCUUUAAGACGCGUAAAGUCCCGUCUCGCUUCCCUCGAUGCGACGACCGCGCUGGGGCAGUAUCUGAUGAAGUUGGCCGAGCUGUACGCGUUGCAGAAAAGCGAUAUUAACGCAAAGCUGACGCUGAUCGGCACGUCCGUGAGUGAGAAGAUGGAAGCUUUCAGCACAAUGGUUGACGGCCAGCUAACCGCUGGCCUUACGGGUUUGCUGACGGAUGCUGCAACGUCUUCGGGGCAUCAGUUUCUUUACCUCUGCCUAAAGCGCUACGUCUACUCGUACUUCGAUGAGGCGCGAGCGGUGGCAAAGCUGCUGCACUGCGGUGAGCCGGAACUGAGCACACUGCAGUAUCUGGUAACGGUGGCCGGACCGAUACUGGAACGUGCGGCCAUCUCGGACAGUAGUGCGACGAAGAUGAACGCUAUCUGCAGCUCAACCGCUUGCACUGAUUUUUAUUACCUUUCCUUGGGGGAUCAGAUUAUGCUGGUCGACUCGCGGAUACAGAGCUACGUAGCGUUCAUUCACUCGGAGCUGGCGGAGCUCGAGCUACGAGUGUACACGUGCGUCCAAGCUGCUUCAAUGGAUAUGGACGCGUACGUAACCUCGAUCAGAUCGAGGUUUGGCGUCUGUUUAACGUCGGGAAAUGUUAAUUUUGUAAAUGGUGCUUAAAAUAAACGAAAAUUAUUGAUUGC